GUAUAACGGCAAAAAUAUGUGCUUUGUGGCGGCUCCUCGCGAUGUCUACAGGUGCAUGGUGAGGUUGUUUCAGCAGAUACAGUGGCUCGUGUUCUCCAAAUCCCCAAUCUCACACUUUGAUUAUUCUCCCUCCCGAGUUCCCCUAGGUUCCGCUGACCCGCCGCGGAACUCUAAAAAAAAAUACGCGUUUGUACCUACCUUGCUCAUGACGGUUCGAAGAAAGUUUCCAAACUAAAUUUGGGGACCAGGAAAACUCUCAGAGUCCUCAGGUCGAGUGUAGCAGCUGUUGGAGGCGGCGCGUCAAAGUGUUCAAAGCGGACACUUCAGAACAAGGCUACUUGCCCAAAGUGAACAUGUUACAGGACUCCAACAAACAAACAGACCCCCGAC